AUGGCCGCCCCUCUUGCCGCUGCUUCCUCCCAGAACGUUACUCUCCCCGCUAUCCCUGAGCUCACCAAUCCCAACUUCCUUGACGUUCUUCUUCCUGUCUCUGAGCAUACGAGCUCGAUGAAAAUCACUGAAAAUUCCCCAGCACAUCCCAAUGCUAUGAUGGACGCGCUCCGGUCGACUGCCCAUCACAAGCUCACUGAAAACGUUUCGCCUGCUUUUAGUUCCACUCUUUCGGCCACGCUUGAUGCAUUCCAGGGCAUACGUCCCGGUGUGUCUGGGUACUUCGUUGAUAGUUAUCUUUCCAAGGCUUGGCCUGAAGACCCAGCUCUCACCCUCCGACUCAUCUGGUCUCUUAGAAGCAUUCAUGAUGGGAAGAGCGACAAAGAGCUCUUCUACAUGGCGUUUGGCUGGCUCUUCGAAAACCACCCCCGCACUGCUAUCUCCAAUCUGUAUCUUCUUGUUGAGCCUGUCUGCUCUCGCCUCCGUCCUGUCAAAGGCAAAGAUACCAAAAAGCGCGUGAGCAUGCCUCAUGGGUACUGGAAGGACCUCCUCAACAUCCUUGCGUUGGCCACUGUUGAUGAACUUCAUCCUGCUCCUGUACGCUCCAGGUUUCUUCACAAUUAUACGCCUCGUCACUCUCGCCCCAAAUUCAAGUCUAAUGCCGAGCAGGAAGUGUGGUCGAAGGAAAGGCGUAUUCAGACCCACGGUGCGAACCAUGCCCGCAUUGUGGAGAAGCUAAAGCAGCCAAAGUAUCGUGCUUUGUAUAUCGCAGUUUCCAGGCUAUUCGCAGAUCGGCUUGUCAAAGAUGUCUCGAUUCUUGAUGAGCUAACCUCCCUUCCAGCGGAUGCGAAAGUGAAGGACCGCGUAUCACUCAUAUUUUCGCUCUCUCAAGCGACAAAAUGGGCACCCUCUCCUGGUGGGUCGCACGACAGAGUCACGAAUAUCACCUCCGCUAUCUGCAUUCUCCUGCACCAUGCUCACAUCACGUCUUCCCUUGCGCAUAAAAUCCCUAUCACGCUCACCCCCAGUGCUCUGGAGUUGCAUGUCUUGCGUUCCUUCCUCCGCUGUCACAUUCUUUCACCUUCCCGUCGGAUUAAGUCCCUCCCAGAGCCCCUCAUGUCCGCCAAUCGCUGGUCGGAAAUCGUGUACUCCCGUGUUGCAUCCGUUUGCAUGAAUGACAACAAGCAACAUUUCUUCAAUCACGAUCCUGACCGCUUUCUUUCCUACCUGACAUAUGUGGAAUCAGGAACGAAGCAGAUCAGCGGUGCAACACUCUUCCCACACGAUCUUGUCUUGCAGGCAGCGGCAUUCGUGCCCACUGCACCGGUGGAAGCGAAUCUGACUCUGGAUAAUGCUAUGAAGGAACACAAGCGUAAGCUUGCGGAGAUACAAGUGCGUGUGGCGGAGGCACAGUGGGCGACGCUCCUUAAGCGUCUGCGUGAGGCUGGGGAGCUAGAUAACUGCAUUGCCGUCUGUGAUGUCUCAGGGUCCAUGGGCAGUGUCAACAAUUAUCUCUCUUACGCCGGACCACGCCAGCCCCACGUAGCUCCCAUCUGGCCUGCUGUAUCCCUCAGCCUCGUCUUGGCGCGUCUCGCGAAGCCACCUUUCAAGGACGCAUUCAUUACUUUUUCCUCGAAUCCACAGAUGGUCGUGCUUGAUCCCGAAGGCACUAUUUCACUCGGCGAGACGGUGAGAAAAAUGUCGCGUUCUGAUUGGUCUAUGAGCACCAACUUCAACGCUGUCUUUCUCGACCUCCUUCUCCCGCUCGCCCGGAAGCACGCUGUGCCUCAGGACCAGAUGAUACAGCGUAUCUUCGUGUUCACGGACAUGCAGUUCGAUGCGUCUCAGAGGACUGGACCGAAGGCGGCGGCGUGGGACACGAAUCAUGAUGUCAUCGAGAAGGCGUACAAGGAGGCAGGGUACGAGAUGCCGGAGAUCGUGUACUGGAACCUGUCCACUGCAGAUCGUUACCCGGGUGUUACUGUUCCUGUGACCGCCGAGCGGAAGGGCGUUGCGAUGUUGAACGGGUACUCGCCGUCGCUGUUGAAGGUGUUCAUGGGUGGGGAGGAAGCGGAGGAGGAGGAGGAGGAGGAGGAGGAGGAGUGGGAGGAUGUGACUAUGGACGAGGGAGAAGUGAAGGUGAAGAAGACGUUCACUCCCGUGGAGUUCAUGGAGAUGGUAUUGGGGAAGAGGAGUUUCAAUGGGCUUGUUGUUAUUGAUUGA